AUGGCUACUCGAGUUCCCAUUCAACAGGACAGGACCCUGCUCAACCCAAAGUUCGAAGGAUACAAACUGUCCUUUCUGGAAGAAUCGCGCCAGCACUUUGUCCCCGUCGGCACCCCGGGACCAGGCGUCGUGGUCCCUAAGCUGUCCUCCUCCACCAAACUAUCAUACCGGCAGAUCCAGUCCAGGAUUCGCCAUAACCACCUUCAUCCCGGAUGGAACUCCUUCAAACCAGCCAAUGGUGACAGCAACCGUAUCCGCGACGGCAUCCUCUUUGCGAUCGAUGGGGAUUUCAUGUUGAUCGCGCUUCAGUAUGACAAGGCAGCUCAUCGACUCCGAAGCAAAAAGCUCCUCCAGAUACCUCCACCUGCAGCACCACUCAAUUUUUAUCUCGAGUUCCCUUCGGUGAAACCCAUUUCGCCUGAUUACAUGCUGGUUUCUGAUGGCGCGUCGACCCUCUAUUUGGUCCGAUUCGUAUUCGCCAACAAAGAGUACGAGGCAAAAAUUGAGGCUUUCACUACGUUUCUGCCAGAGGGACCGUCAGCAACAGACGACGAGAUCGCUCCAUGCGGACUACUCGAGGCAAAAGCGUUCCCGAUCACCAAGGACGAUGGUGCACAGGCAAUGGAAGUCCGAUUCAUUGUAUGCUAUGCUACCAAGAGCACAUUUUAUUCGUCAGAGCCCUCGCCGCAUCAUAAAUCGGAUCAGAAGACAGUGUUUAUCGUCAAUCUGUGCAGUUUCGUCUGGGAUCGUCCAUUCUCAGGAUCGGCAGAUCCGGUGGAUACGGACAUGGAAUUAGAUGCGGAGGGAUCCACGGAAGCGAAUCAGGGUGAGUUCGUGUCAGUGCCUUCAAGGACUAUUCAUUCUAUCAGAGGAACCGAGGUCCCAUUCUAUUGCGCAUUGGACCCCUCGAACGAAGGAUAUGUGAUCGGCAGUAACACAACAUAUAAGCCAACAAAGGAGCCUGUGGUCGCUCAGAGAACAAACUAUCUGGAGCCCGGAUCUGAAGCGAUGGAGCUGGACGGUACCGAUGUUGGCAUAGCGCCACGCUCAGAGCCGCCAUAUAUCUGGACCCAGUCGGAUAGCGAAGUCACUAUCUGCUUUAGUCUUCCUAGAGGCACCACCAAACACGCGGUCCACUGCAAGUUUUCUCGUCAAGGACUUGAGCUCCAGGUCAAUCUCUCGCAACCGACUAAUCAGGCCGUCAGGUUGCCUAAUCUCGACAACAUGCCUUUGUUCGAUGAGGUCCUGCCGGAGGAUUGUAUUUGGAUAUUGGAACCCGAGACUGGGGUUCUUACAUUGAAUAUGGAAAAGAAGCACGCCAGGACGAGGUGGACUCAGGUCUUUGCAGAGGGCAUGGACACCAAUCCGGUUGAAGAAACGCUCGAUCCAUCUGUGUUUGCGGAAUAUAGAAGCGCGCUGGAAAAGUACACUUCAGACCAGGCGAAUGCGGGGCCAGGACGAGGAUCGACCGUGCAGCCCUCGCUUGGUCAGGAUUCACCGGAGGACAUUGAUGAGGAGGGUGAGGAGAUCAAGUUUUCUUGGGUCCAGGCAGAAGAUGGAGCGGAUAUUGUACGGGCAACGACUAUUGGAAGUGGACACGAUUGGAUCGGACAGGCAUUCCCGAGUUUUGAAUACAACCAGGGCGAUGAGCAACCGUUCCGGAUGCCGACGGUGUGUUUGAAACAUGAUGUCGAUGGCCUGGUCUAUGCGAUCCAACAUUUGCCAGGAUCAAUGCCGAUCAUGUCCUCUAUCCAGCAGACGGGCGGGAUCAUGAAGUUUGUACAUGUGAGCACGUUUGAUGCGCUGGCGUUUGUGCAGGCGUCCAAGAGGGAGAGACGGUUUGUGAUGCAUGAUCCGCAUGGUCGGUUCGCGGUGAUUGUGGAGUCGAGUCGAAACGUGUACAUAUACUGGCAUAGUGCAGACACGAAACUGAAGCAGGAGCGGCAGACGGUUGUGGAUGUAUCGAAGGGCCAGGUUGUGGAUAUUAUUGGAUGUCAGCUUAUUGCAGAGGGAGUGCUCGUUAUUUUGAUGGAGGGCAGACAUGGAGCCCUGGUACUGGAGCUGAACCAGUCCUAG